AUGAGCGAAGGUACCCAACCGUCUAAAAGACGUGUGAUGGGAAUCUACCCAGUUGUGCAGCUUGCUCCUCCGUCUAUCAUACGCCAUGUAUGUGUAUAUGAUCCCAACUCGGAUCACCGUCGCAAGGGGGUAUACAAAAAAGAUACCGACACACUGCGAACUAAAAACACCACCCUCCACACCUUGAUCCAGGCAAUCUUAAAUUAUGACGAAGCAGAUGCCUUCGAACUGGUCCGCCAGAUUCGAUCCUGUGAUGACCUGGAAGAAGUAGCAGAAGCAGUGACUGCCCAAGAGAAAGGGCUCCUGUCUGCACCCCAAGCAACAAAAGAGCCAGCAGGCGAUGAUAGUGCUGGGAUCGAUCAGUUCGAAUCAGAGCUCGCAGGUAAGAUGAGUGAAUUGAUGCUCGACGGUUCUCGCAAAUUCAUUGGCGGUACCUCAAACCUCAUCUUUCUGCCCUCCGGCUCGGAGCUGCAGGAGUCAAUUUCGAACCCUUUCGGUGUAGAUCAGGUACACACCGUGAGCCGAUGGACGGAAGUUACAAAAGAUGACUCGCUAAUCAGUCAUUUGAUGACUAUGUAUUUCACGUGGCACUAUCCGUUCUUUACGAUUCUUUCCAAGGAUCUGUUCUACCGGGAUUAUAUUCGUGGUGUGUCCAGCUCAUACUGUUCUGCAUUGCUAGUCAAUGCUAUGCUGGCCCUUGGUUGCCAUUUCAGCUCAUGGCAAGGUGCUUUUGACGAUACCCAUAAUCUCGCUACAGCAGGAAACAAUUUCUUCAAAGAAGCGAAGCGGCUAGUUCUGGAAAAUGACGAGCACGAGAAUGCAAAGCUCUGCACCGUGCAAGCCUUUGCACUCAUGUCUGUCCGAGAAGCGGGAUGUGGUCGUGAAGGAAAAGGCUGGGUCUACAGUGGCCUCAGUUUCCGCAUGGCUUUUGAUCUCGGGCUGAAUCUCGACUCAAAGAACCUCGGAUCGCAUAAUCUGAGCGACGAAGAAAUUGAUGCUCGACGGAUCACUUUCUGGGGUUGCUAUCUAAUCGACAAAUGCUGGUCGAAUUACCUUGGACGUCAGCCUCAAUUGACUUCUACCACCACCAAUGUGCCCAAAUUUGAUGUCUUGCCGAGAGAGGAAACAGAGCUCUGGUCGCCGUACACUGAUUCUGGUGUGAGCCACGAGCAUACGCAGAUAUCUCGGACUAGGGCUGUGGCGCUUCAGAUAUCUAAGCUGUGUGAGAUCAGUGGUGACCUACUGGUAUUAUUCUAUCACCCAGCUGAACUGGAAAAGAUCCAGCCCAAGCAGUCGGAAUUGAAGAAAUUAAGUGACGUCCACACUCGUCUUGAGGCAUGGAAAAAAGAAUUGCCCAAAGAACUGGAAGCGAAAGAAGGACAAUUACCUCAAGUACUUGUCAUGCACAUGUUCUACCAGCUCCUGAUCAUUCACCUGUACCGCCCCUUCUUGAAGUAUACCAAGGCCAACACUCCUCUCCCGUCCCAUGUCUCGCCUCGCAAAAUAUGCACACAGGCCGCGGCAGCCAUUUCCAAGCUCAUGCGUGUAUACAAACGCAGCUAUGGACUAAAACAAAUCUGCAACAUCGCAGUCUACAUCGCUCAUACAGCAUGCACAAUCCACCUCCUCAACCUCCCCGACAAAAACGCCCAAAGAGACGUCAUCCACGGCCUCAAAAAUCUCGAAGAAAUGGCCGAAGGCUGGCUCUGUGCCCGACGAACCCUCCGGAUCCUCGACAUAUCCGCAAAUAAAUGGCAAGUCGACCUACCACCAGAAGCAACAUCCAUAUUCGAACGAACCCACACGAAAUGGGGAUCAUGGGGCUCCUGGGACCAAGCAACCUCACCCUCCACAUCAGACGACUCCUCCCCAAUGGCAACAUCAGCCACCUUCCAACCCUCCACCAGCCCAAGUAGAUUCUCAGCUGGGCCGUCCCAAUAUCCUUUAACCCGACUCACCGACCCAUCAUCUCUCCCAACAAACCCCGUCACAAUGGUCGGUCCAGCGUCAUUGAACCCGCAACACGCCUCUACACCUUCAGUCCCGCUACCCUUCCUAUCAAUGCAAGCAGCACACCACUCACUAGCACCGCAAGCCCAAAGACCCGAGUUCGCUCCACCCGAACCGACAUACCUCCGCCCAUCAGUAACGUACCGAUUCCCUGCUAUGACAGUGAAUGCACCCUCUCCAUCAUCUUCACAUCAAACCUGGUACGAUGGUAUCGGCACUCAAAUGCCACCGCAGAAUACAACACCUGCGUCUACUGCAUCUCCCGUGUCUGGAUACGAUGGCACGGAUAAUCUAGUUGAAGAGAGUCAGGAUUGGUGGUCUAGGAAUGCUGCUGUUUAUAAUGGUAUGGGCAUGGAUGGGUGGGGCGGGGCUUGGAAUUCACCUGGUCAGGGUCAGGGUCAAGGUCAAUCCGCUCAGAUUCAUUAUCCGAAUGGGAAUGUCGGGCCCGUUCAUCAGCCUUCUGGACCGGGUCCUCGUCCUGAGCAGCAGUCGAGAGUCUCGGUUAGUAUUUCUGCUGUUGGAUCUCCGGUUGAUUCUAAGACUCCUGGUUAUGAGGAUCGGUGGACGUGA